GUUGUCGCCUCUAAUCCAAUCCCUUCUCAGAUACGUUAUCUCCAGUACAUCUUGAGGAGGAAUGUGGUCUCAGAGUGGCCUCCAGUGGAUCGAGCUCUCACUUUGGAUUGUGUCAUUCUGAGGCUUAUUCCUGAUUUUGAUGGGCAGGGGGGUUGUCGUCCAUUUUUUCGGAUAUAUGGACAGGAUCAUUUUCUAACAGCUGAAGGAACUCCCAACAUUUUGUACUCAUCCCCAAAGAAGAGCAAAUCUGUCCGACUCUAUAAGCAGGUAGAAUGUGAACUAGUUAAGAUUGAUAUCAACUGCCAUAUUCAAGGUGAUGUUGUGGUCGAAUGCCUCAACUUGAAUGAUGAUAUGGAAAGAGAAACGAUGAUGUUCCGGAUUGUGUUCAACACAGCUUUUAUUAGAUCAAACAUUUUGAUGCUAAACCGUGAUGAAAUUGACACGUUAUGGGAUGCUAGAGAACAAUUUCCAAAGAACUUCAGAGCUGAGCUUAUUUUCUCAGAGAUGGAUGAUGCUUCAGCUGUUGCUGCAGUUAAUUUUCCAUAUUUGGAGGAGAAAGAAGGUCUUCCUAUUGAAGCAUUUGCCAAAGUUCACGAGAUAUUUAGCCAAGUUGAUUGGUUAGAUCAUAAGGCAGAUGUUGCACUUAAUAUGCUUCAACAUUUAAGUGUAACAAACAUUCUCCAGGAAAAGUCUGAUUCUGAACAUGAUCUGAAGGUGGCAACUAGCCCUAGACUGCGGGAGAGAAGUCCUAGAAGGAUUCAAGAUAUUAUAAAUAGCGGAAAGUUAUCUCCGUUUUCGGGACUGAAGGUUGAGUCUGUGCCCUCACCAAGAACAACUUCAGAUACUGACCUAAACAAGAAGACUACCUCCCAAGAUUUGUGUGCUGCAUAUCAAUCUAGUCGGUCUGAUAUCAUGGACCAACUAAGGCUGCAGCCUGUUUGUAGUUCUAAGCAAGAUUCAUCUUUGGUGGCCUUGACGGAUCAUAGUGCAACCCAGGCUCCUCAUGGUAAACCUCUUUUCCAUGAUCAUGACACAUUUAAAAAUGCUGAACUCAGCCAUCGGGAGAAAGUGGCUCUAGCAGUGGUGGACUCAACCAUAACUGCUUCAUCAGGAACUGAAUCUCCUGAAACUAAAAUUGUCUCAGAUUUGCCACCAACAUCCUCAUUUCCUCUUCCAGCACCACCAUCAACACAUCCUGAAUCUUCAAAAUCAUCUGAGCUUUCACUCGUCAAGGAGUCUGAGAACUGUUCACACGACCAGAGUUGGUUGUCGGGAAACAGUCAGACACCUCCCGUACAGUCUUUAAGUACCACAAGAAACGGUUUAUUAUCUUCUCCUAAACUGCCGGAGUCCAAAUUAACUUCACCAUCUCUGCUGCCGCCACCAAACCCUGCUCCUCCAAUAUCAACUCCUCCAACACCACCUUUGAGUCAGAAACCAGCUGUUCAAGCCAGACCUCCUCCACCUCCGCCGCCACCUCUUCCUUCUGGGAAAACCACCAAUUUUAGUACUUCAUCAGUGUUCCCACCCCCGACCCCCAAUGUGUCAUCAAAUUCCUCUAAAGUUCCUGCUGCACCUCCUACUCCUCCUCCUCCUCCAACUCCACCUCAAAAGGAAAAUGCAAUUGUUAGAGGUGGACCUCCUACACCACCACCCCCUCCUCUUCAUUCUGGAAAAGUCACUGAUCCUGUUACUUCAUCCCCAGUACCACCACCAUUACCACAGACUCCUGCCAUGUCACUCAAUUCCUCUGCACUUCCUUCUGAAGCUGGUAACAAAACUCCAUCUCCUCCACCACCAUAUAGUUCUCCCAUGUCCACAAAGGGACGGAUGUUACGUGCUGUUAAUUCGAGGAGUCAUCAAACCAAGAAAUUAAAACCAUUGCAUUGGUUGAAAUUAACAAGAGCUGUACAAGGAAGUUUAUGGGCUGAAGCACAAAAGUCCGGUGAUGCAUCCACGGCUCCAGAGAUUGAUAUGCUAGAACUUGAAAAUCUUUUCUCAGCAACUCCAAAUUUAGAGCUUCGCACAAAAUCAAGCACUCAUGGUUCAUGUGCACCUAAAUCUGAGAAAGUUCAACUGAACUCAGUUCUUGCCCUAGAGGAUUCAGCAUUAGAUGUUGAUCAAGUAGAGAACCUCGUAAAGUUUUGUCCGACGAAGGAAGAGAUGGAACUCCUCAAAGGCUACACUGGGGAGAAGGAAAAGCUAGGAAAAUGUGAACAGUUUUUCUUAGAGUUGAUGAAAGUUCCACGUGCAGAAUCCAAGCUCAGAGUUUUCUCAUUUAAGAUGCAGUUUCAAACACAGGUUUCUGAUCUUAGAAAUAGCCUGAAUGUUGUAAACUCUGCAACAGAAGAGAUAAGGAACUCUUUCAAAUUUAUGAGGAUCAUGCAAACAAUUCUUUCACUAGGAAAUGCUUUGAACCAGGGAACUGCAAGAGGCUCUGCUGUUGGAUUUAGGUUGGACAGCCUUCUUAAGCUCAGUGAGACACGUGCAAGGAACAAGAAGAUGACUCUCAUGCAUUAUCUGUGUAAGGUACUUGCUGAUAAACUCCCUGAGCUCUUAGAUUUCUCGAAAGAUCUUGCAAGUUUGGAACCUGCAUCAAAGAUACAACUGAAAUAUUUGGCAGAGGAAAUGCAAGCUAUAAAUAAAGGAUUGGAGAAAGUUGUGCAGGAACUUUCCAUGUCUGAAAGUGAUGGUCCUGUAUCAGAAAACUUUCAUAAGACUUUAAAGGAAUUCCUUUGUCUCGCUGAAGCUGAAGUAAGAUCUUUGGCUUCACUAUAUUCUGGGGUGGGCAGAAACGUGGAUGCAUUAAUAAUAUACUUUGGAGAAGAUCCAGCUCGCUGUUCUUUCGAACAAGGUAUUUGUUGA